CCACUCACCGCCGUUGCCACGGCAACCGCCCCGCCACGCGCCGACAAGGCAGGCCGUUCAAACGCCCGCGAGGAGGCCCUGCUACACUAUUUCCAUGAGGCGACCGAAAUGGACGCUGUCGGGGAUGCUCCCAUCCGUGUCCUUUCGAGGGAGAAAAUGAUUAUACCCUUAUGGAGGUACUUGUAUAGAAAUAUCUUUCGGUUUUGGUUAAAAUGGAUCCUAAGACAGCUUACUGGAAAAUGUGAACUGCAGCGCAUCUGUGAUGGCUCAAGAAGAAAUGCAGAAAGGACAUUCAGAAUAGAGCAAUCGCUGGAAGCAUCAAAGUUUAAGACUUUACAAAAUGCUUUGAAUGUUACUGAAGAUGAAGUAGAAAAAUGUGUUGCCCAUAUAAUAGAAGAAAAGAAGAUUAACAUAAAGAAAGAUCCAGGGUUUCCCUUAAAGCUACAGUUAUGUUUGCUCCAGAUAUCUGGCUGCAGAAGACUAUAUCUGGCUGUUGAAGAACUGAGAAAAGAACCAUAUAAUUCAGACAAUAAACAACAUGAGGAACAACUGAUGGAGCUUUGGAGUUUAUUGAUGCCCCAUGAAAAACUAAGGGCUAGAAUCUCGAAGCAGUGGUGUGACAUUGGUUUCCAAGGUGAUGACCCCAAAACAGACUUCAGAGGAAUGGGCAUGCUGGGAUUAACAAAUCUUCUAUAUUUUAGUAAACACUAUCCACGUGAAGCACGUCAAAUCCUUGUUCGUUCAAAUAAUCCAAAAUUGGGAUAUUCCUAUGCAAUAGUUGGGAUCAACUUGACAGAGAUGGCUUACAGUUUGUUAAAGAAUGGUUUAUUAAAAAUUCACUUCUACAAUCUAGUUCCUGGUGUGCCGCAACUGAAAGAUUUCCAUCAGGUUUACUGUUAUUUGGCUUACGAAUUUGACAAAUUUUGGUUUGAAGAAAAACCUGAAAGUAUUAUGUACUUCAAUCAAUAUAGAGAGAAGUUCCAUGACAAGGUUAAAAGAUGUCUCCUGGAUUAUGAUAUAGUGCUUGCCUUAAAAAGUGAAAAACAAUAAUAUGCAUUCCUUUGGGUCCUGCUGAUAAAAAAUUAUGCACUUGACUGGAAAUCCCAUUUAACCAAAAACUUCACUCAGUAAUCAAAGUUUUAUACAUUUUAAGAAUUUACAAAUCAAAAGCUGAGAGAGCAGGGACAAUCAAUACUUAAGACUGUACACGUUUGACGAAAAGUCAGUUUUUUUUACAUAUGAUGAUCCUAAUUGGAUCAAAAAACCUCCCAUGUUGUACUUCUGGAAGAAAGUAAAAUCUGUUGACUAUUGACUAACUAUAGCUUGGUUUUCCAAAUUUGACUCUUGUUUAGUUUACAGUAAGAGAUGUGGCAAUACUUGAUGUUUUAGAUUUGUCUGUUAAGUUGUAUGAUUAUUUUUCCAGCAUGUUUCUGGGAGGAAAACACAUAAAAAGACUUCUUUGUUUGGUUGUAUGAGAACAAUCUUCACUUGUGUUUAUGUGAAAUGGUUCCAUAACACUUCAGGUUAAGUUGAUUUUUCUUGUGGAUGUAUGUAACCAGAGAAUAUGAGAUUAAAUAUUCCAUUUUAAAACAUGUUUUUUGUGUGCUACAGGAACGAUUUUAAGCAAAAUAAUUUUCCCUAUACUGUACUAUAUUACUAUGCAAUUGCUAUCACAUGUGAACAGGUAAUUUGUGGUUAGCCUUGUAUGUGUUUUUCAAGGUGAGACGAUCAGUUUAAAAAAUCAGUCUUUUUUUAAAGUGCUUUUUACUUACAAUAAUUGAACGCUAUCUGAGAAGGUUCAGAGCUUGGGACUGUUCCAUUGAUGGACAGCUUCUAGCACACACUGGCUGCAGUUCUAAAAUUUCUUCUAAAACAUGCUUCAUUUUGUCAGUUUUUUCCUUGACUAAGUGUGAGGAAGAAUUGUAGGGAACAGGAAGAAAAUAUCUAAAGGUGGAGGGGGAAACAUGAUUUUGUGUGACAACUUGGAGGCAGGGGCUUAGCAAUUACGUGAGUCACAGGCAUGGGUCCCCUAAUUUCAUUUGAGACUCUAAUGUGCACAUGGGGGUAUCUUAACUGUCUAUGACCCCCCCCCCCCCCCCAAAAAAAAAAAAAACCCCUUCAGGCCUCCUUAUUGGACUGAAUGGGGACCUUUUUUUACAUUGUGCACAGCAGACACAAUGGAGCAACCAGGGCCAUAGUAAGAAAAGAAUAAGCUCCCAUAGCAUAACCCCAUCAUCCCAACCUAACUUGGGAGCCCUGCCCUUGUAUUUUUCAUUUUAGAAUUGCUUCCUGUAAUUGCUCAAUGUAUGGAAGUGCCAGAUUUAGGCUACCUCUUUAACAUGUUUUUACAUUGAAUAUAUUGCCCCUGGUGCAAUUAUUAGCUAUAACCUUUUGCAUCUAAUAAUACUCAUUAUGGGCAACGUAAAAAUAAAUAACAGAAGCAGCAAAACUUGAGAUGUCUAAUUUUUGUAUGCCCGUAUGGUCAUAAUAACACUUAUUAAUAUCCCUUCUUUGUAUAGCAGGAUAGACCAUAUUGGAAUGUUCGAGAACUGAUGUGAAGUGCUGCUUUUCAGUAUAUCAUUUUUAAAAUAUAGAUUAGUAUUUUUAUUUUUGUUGUUGGUAAAAUGCUCAUACAAUAAUAAGUUGUACAAAAUGUGGUAAUGUAGAGACCCUAUGUCCACAUGGAUAAAAUAUUUUCUUUUGGACUCUGUAUAUUGAGAAGAUCUGGUGCUUCUUUGUAGAGAAAACAGAUGAACUUAUAGUCUCACAAUGACAUAUUUUUUCUGGCUGAAACUGUUGUAUGUAUAAACAUUACACAGAAUCCUGUUGGGCAGUUAUGAAUACAUAACCUGCAGUUAGGCAUUCAUAAUGGCUAUGUAUUCACAGUCCCUACAUAGGGACCAUGAAGGCCCCAAACCCUAUUUACUAAUAAACAGCCAUUGGUUGAGGGCAUAGUGGUUCGCCUGACGUCCUCACUCGCUUAUGUGAGAAUUUCUAAUGCAAGGGGGUGUUGCAAGAGGAGUCCUUUUUCUGUGUAUCAGACCAGACAUAGUUCAUGGGAAGGGUGGAAGUGUCAGGCAGUAGCUUCUUCAGCAACAAGGGAUUUGGGCAUCUAUAAAUUCCAGUAGGUACUCUCCAGUAAAUGGGAUUUAGUAGGGUCUGGUUUGAAUGACAUAGCACUGAAGUUACAGUGCCACAUACCAUAGUAUAGGAUUCUGUUGAUUCUAUUUUUCUUUGUGUGAAAAUAACAGUGAUCACAGUCACCUUUUAUUUGAGUUUCAUUUGUAAUAGCUCUGUUGAAAAAUACAAAAAUCAAGCCCCACAAACGCCCCAAGCAACUUUCAAAGUGCCUGAAUUAUUACGCUUAGCAUGUUUUGGAAGCACAAUUAAGAAACUUUUAUCUUCUCACAAAUCUGCAACAACGAACCCUUGUGCUCCUUUCUCUGCUGAAAUAGAUUCUUUGUUGAUUUUUUUGGCUAUUUUAAGUGCAUUAAAACAUGCUGAAAAUUGAGGAUAUCAAAGUGAGUAUUCCAGAGGAGAUUUCUGGUUACAUCUUCACAAGACCCUUUGACACUGCUUAUCAUUUGAGUACUUAAACAGAAGUAUAGGAAGCCCAGUUUCUCUACACGUUCCGCCAAAAGAGUUGUACAAUAGUUUUUUUUUGUGAACCUCAAUAUACAAAUACUUUUCAAAUUAUUCUCUUAAUUGCUUUCUUUCUUUAUGAAGACUAGCAACCUUUUAUAACUUUUGACAAUUAGCUAUUCCAGAUCAGUUCAUUUGAGCCCCACUAAACAUCUUUUGAACGCUACUUGAGUCACAUUUGUAGGAAUUUUUGUAGACUGUUUUUCUAUUCAAUGAUGAAAACUACAGGAGAAUGACAUUAGAUUAGGCAUUACAUGUGUGUUUUAAUACUUGUAGGUUGAACUAUUUCAUUCUAUUCUAAAAGUUGAAGGAAAAAAAAUGUGUGGAUCCUGAUUGAACCAAAAUUCUAGAUUAUAUUACAGAGCAUGCUAAAUGCCAAAAUGGCCAUAGAAUGGUUCCAUGUUGCUCUGCAGAUAUCUACUGUUUGGUUGGUCUUCAUAGCUACAUAAAAUAUGUUCUCAGCUCAGGGAGAAGUGAAGAGCUUGCUUCCGACACAGUACUAAGCGGCAGUGAUACUCUUUGUAUUUCACCAAAGGAUCUCUGGAGUAACAUGGCAAAGAUAUUAUCAGAGAGAUUUAAGGCCAAACUAAAUUUGACAAGAAGAUGCCUGAUUCAGUUAUGUCUGGAUGCUAGUUACUCCUAGGGAUGUACCUCUUUGCAGUAUUCUUAAUUAAUGUGUUUUAUCUAAAAACAACGGCUUCAUAUAUUGACCCAUGUACCACUGUGUUAAAAGAUUAAUGUUCAACAAUGAGACACACAAAGCACUAUAGUUAAAGUAGCAAACCAUUGUGUAAAUAACAACCUGGGAUGGAUUAUAGCAUAGUUUAGUUUCCUUAACAAAAUAUCUGCAAAAUAAAGUUUUAAGAUAACAUAUUAAGUUCUGACAGUGUCUGAUGUUCAUAACUGGGAGUUUUUUGUAACAUAAUUUCUACAGAUUUAUAGUUGUAAAAUAUUUUGAAAUCGUAAUUGGAAUCGUUUGUGUCUUCUUUCUUGAGUAUAUUGUGUUGAGCAGUAUUCCAUUGUUAUACAUAGCUGUAUAGGUCAAUGUGAAUAUAAUAUCUGGGUAUUAUAACAAAAAUUAAUAUAUUCAUCCUCACUUUUUCUGUAUACUUGUACAUUUGGAAUAUGAAGUGUUGUGUGGCAUUUAAUUCUCAGUAGGAAUGUACAGGCUUUCACCAAUAGUUUUAAUAUGCAUUACUGUGGUUCAGACAUAUAGAUCCUUGAUUGAUGAAGCCAUGGUCUAUUAUGAUAGGAAUAAGGUAUGUGCCCCUAUGUCUCUCCUCUUUCCUGUUCACAAGCCCAAUAGUUUUCCCAACCAUUCUCCACAAAUGAGGAUAUGACUUUGUCAUGGAAUGAACCCUUGAAUUUCCUUAUCUGAGUGUCAUAAAAUCUGGUUUAAAGAAAAUGAACCUUUAAUGAAGUUGCCCUCAUGAGGUAGUGGCAUUUGAGGAGUAAUCUGUGUCUUGUUUCUGUUCCAAUUAACAGAGAUCUAGGAUUAUUAUGUUUACAUAAGAACAAUGUUUCAUAAGCAUGUGGGUUUCCCAUUUCCAUUUAAAAACUAUUUAUUUCAGCAUUGUGUGGCCUGGGCUCCACAAGGAGUCUUGUGGAGAUCCUAUGCAGCGCUUGCCCCGUUUUUCUUAAAUCCAGCAAGAGAAAAAAAUAUUGUUAGGACUGAAAAGGCUUUUGGAGGGCACAGUUUUGCAUUUAAAUUCCCUUUAAGCCCCGCACUCCAAAGCAGAGAGGGAGAAUAUGAAAAGUGACCAGACUCUCAUGUUUAAUCACACACACACACACAAACUAUAUUCAUUGUGGUAUAAAAUUGACUGAUGACAAUCAGAACUACUAUUUUGACCCUCAGGAAAAGGCCGCUCCUUUUUAAGACUUAUAGAGAAUUACUUUUGUGAUGUGAAAACAUGAAAAGCUUAACGUUAGGUAGGAAUAUUUUGUAAUGUAGAGUUUUAAACAGAAUAUUGCAUUGUGACAAUCAUAUGAAUUGUAAUCAAUCUGCACAUUUUCAAUAGAAUAUGUAUUGAAUUCAUCUUAGCAUAAGAACUGAAUUGUGAAAAGCUAUAAUCCUCUGUGCAGCUGGGUAUACAAUCGCAGGGAGAAAUAAUAAUGUGAAUGGGUGGAUAGGGGUGGAAGGGUACCUGGAAAUGCCUGUAACCAUUUCUGUUGUCACUGUAGUUGCAGGGGUUAGGCCUGUAAGUACUAAAAUGCUUAUGGCUAUCCCUGUGCUCUGCCUUAAGAUGAAGAUUUCUCAAAAGCGUUUUGAGCUUGUGAUUUAGCAUCACACAGAGAGGGGAAUCUAGCCCCUUGUAUGUGAAUCUCUUCAGUAGUUUUUGCCUGCAUAUUUUUAAGUGGAAUUAGAAAUAACAUCAGGCUAUUUGCUAUUGAUGUGCCCAGAUUAUUUUUAAGUGUUCAGAAGGCAGAAAUAAAAAAUUAUGUGAUCAGAGAUUCCCCACACAGAGAAUCUUUCUUCCUAAAGCAGGUUGCUUCCUUAGUAGUUUAUAAGCUAAAUUCAUUGUUGCUCUCAAUUAUAUUAGGUGCGGUGAGAUCAGUAAAAUUUAAGUGAUUGACAAGUUACAUUUUUUUUACAUCUGUUUACUCUACUUGGGACAUGAUCACAGUUGUAAUUAUGACAGACUUGACCUCUAGUAGUAAAGGUCAGUAUUCACUACUGUUACUGUUCUAGUCCUUGCAAUUUGCAGUUGUAUUAGUUUAUGUCUUUGUUGCUAGCAUGGGUUCUCACAGUUGGGUUUCUUAUUGUAACUAAUGUGUGUCCCCUUCUUCCUGCUAUAAGAAAAACUUGCAGACAGUGGCUUGGGAACAUUUUUGGAGCAAACCCAUUAGCCACUACUAAAUGUGUAUGGUUAUACUGUUACGAAAGCAAUAAAAUGUUAUGUUUUUGGGAAUGGAGUGAGUGUUGACAAAUAAAGAUCAAGUUGAUCAGAAACUAUUCUUCUAU